CUUGUGGGGAAGACGGCGUUAAUUGGGCACCUUAGGCAUCGGAUUGGGAAAACAGAGACGCACCGGCCACAUUCAGAGGAGGGUGGGGGACUUGAGGGACGGAUACAAAUUGCGUUGUGUAGCAAUUAUUAAGGUCCUGUGAGAAGAUGAAUGUUGUCAAAGAAAACAAAGACUUGGCCUGUUUCUACACCACCAAACACUCCUGGAGGGGAAAGUACAAACGAGUCUUUUCAGUUGGCACCCACGGCAUCACCACCUACAACCCUACUACGCUAGAAGUAACAAACCAGUGGCCUUAUGGAGACAUCUGUGGUAUCGGUCCGGUGGGAAAGGGGCAGGGCACAGAGUUCAACCUCACAUUCCGUAAGGGCAGCGGCAAGAAGUCGGAAACGCUCAAGUUCUCCACAGAACACCGAACAGAGCUACUUACAGAGGCACUGAGAUUCCGAACAGACUUCUCAGAGGGAAAGAUAACUGGGCGGCGCUACAACUGUUUCAAGCACCAUUGGAGCGACACGCGAAAGUCUGUGAGUUUAGAGGUGACGCCAGGCGGCAUUGACCAGAUCGACCCCCACACUAACCGGGUUGUGUGCUCCUACGACUACCGCUCCAUAGAGGGCUUUGCCGAGGUCUCCGACUAUCAGGGCGGCUUCUGCAUCAUCCAUGGUGGCUUCAGCAGGCUGCAUCUGUUUGCCUCAGAGCAUCGGGAAGAAAUCAUACGUAGUGCCAUAGAGCAUGCUGGGAACUUCAUCGGCAUCACGCUCCGGCUGAGGAAGGAUGCCCUGAUGUUUGAGGGCUUCAUGACUGACAGGCUGGGGAAGUACAGCUCAGACGAGAGCAUCACUUCACUGGCCGAGUUUGUGGUGCAGAAGAUCUCCCCCCGCCACUCGGAGCCUGUUAAGCGCAUACUGGCUUUGACAGAGACAUGUCUAGUAGAGCGAGACCCAGCUUCCUACAACAUUGUCACCAUCAAACCAUUUGGAGAGGUGUUCGCUCUCAUAUGUGAUGUUGACAACCCCCAGGUGUUUACUGUAGAAUUCAUAAGAGGCCAAAUCAGAAAGUUCUCCUCAACAGAAAGGGACUCCUUGUUAGCCAGCCUAUUGGAUGGAGUUCGUGCAUCAGGCAACCGGGACAUAUGUGUCAAGAUGGCUCCCACUCGGCGGGGACAACGAUGGGGUUUACUGAGCAUGCCAGUGGACGAGGAAGUGGAGAGUCUGCAUCUAAAAUUCCUGGCAGCACCACCCAAUGGAAACUUUGCAGAUGCAGUGUUCAGAUUCAAUGCCAACAUAUCCUACAGUGGAGUACUGCAUGCCGUAACCCAAGAUGGUCUUUUCUCAGAGAACAAAGAGAAACUGAUUAACAACGCCAUCCUGGCUCUACUGUCCCAGGAGGCUGAGCUGCCGGGUCCCAAUUCUGAGCUCGAGAGCCAUUUUCAGGCCAUACGACGCUUGGUGGCCUCCAAGGCUGGCUUUCAAGCGUUCACCCAGUUGCCCAAGUUCAGGGAAAAGUUGGGAGUAAAGACGGUAAAAGCUUUGAAAAGAAAUAACAACGGUGUGACGCAUGCUGCUAUAGACAUGCUCUGCGCCCUCAUGUGUCCAAUGCAUGAUGAUUAUGACCUGAGGCAGGAGCAGCUCAACAAGGCGUCUCUUCUUUCCUCCAAGAAGUUCCUGGAGAACCUGCUUGAAAAAUUCAUCAGUAACGUGGAUCAUGGCACGGGGGCUCUGGUUAUCAGCGCUUUGCUGGACUUUCUGACCUUUGCGCUGUGCGCUCCCUACAGCGAGACCACAGAGGGCCAGCAGUUUGACAUGCUGCUGGAGAUGGUGGCCUCCAACGGCCGCACCCUCUUUAAACUCUUUCAGCAUCCCUCAAUGGCCAUUGUGAAGGGAGCAGGACUGGUGAUGAAGGCCAUCAUUGAGGAGGGAGAUAAGGAGAUAGCCGCCAAGAUGCAGGAGCUGGCUUUGAGUGAGGGGGCUCUACCGAGGCAUUUGCACACCUCCAUGUUCACCAUCAGCGUGGACCAGAGGAUGCUUACCAACAGACAGCUUAGUCGUCACCUGGUUGGACUGUGGACAGCAGAAAACCCCAUUGCCAUGAACCUGCUAAAAAGGAUUCUGCCAACAGGUCUGCUGGCGUACCUAGACAGCCCCGACCCAGUCCCCGAAAAAGACGUUGACCGAAUGCACAUUCGUGACAACUUAAAAAUCGCCACGGACCAGAUGGGCCGUAACAAGGUGCCUGAGUGGCAGCGGAUAGCAGGCAAAGCAGCCAAAGAGGUGGAGAAGUUUGCCAAGGAGAAGGCAGACAUAGUGCUAAUGCACUGGAGAGAUAAGAUGGGCAUAGCCCAAAAGGAGCAGGACAGAAAUAACCUGAAUCCAGCCCAAAAGCCUGUCAUCCUGAGGAAGAGGAGGCAGAGAAUCAAGAUUGAAGCGAACUGGGAGCUGUUCUACUACAGAUUUCAGUUGGACCACGCACGGUCAAACCUCAUCUGGAAUCUGAAGACGAGGGAGGAGCUUCGGGAUGCCCUGGAGGGGGAGAUGCGCUCUUUCAACGUGGACCGGGAGCUGGGCAACGCCACCGUCAUCUCUUGGAACCACCAGGAGUUUGAGGUGAAGUAUGAGUGCCUUUCAGAUGAGAUCAAGAUUGGGGACUAUUAUCUGCGUCUGCUGCUGGAGGAGGAUGAAAAUGAAGAAUCCAGUGCCAUCAAGAGAUCGUAUGAGUUCUUCAACGAGCUCUAUCAUCGUUUUCUGCUCACGCCCAAAGUCACCAUGAAGUGCCUGUGCUUGCAGGCUCUCGCAAUAGUCUACGGGAAGUGCUGCGAAGAAAUCGGGCCGUUCACAGACACAAAGUACAUUGUGGGCAUGUUGGACCGGUGUACAGACAAACUGGAAAGAGACAGACUCAUUCUUUUCCUGAACAAACUCAUUCUCAAUAAGAAAAAUGUGAAGGAAGUGAUGGACUCCAAUGGAGUUCGCAUCCUGGUGGACCUGCUCACCCUCGCCCAUCUGCAUACCAGCAGAGCCACGGUGCCACAACAGAGCAAUGUGCUGGAAGCAGCCCCAGACAUGAAGAGGGAGAGUGAGAAGGAGUGGUACUUUGGCAAUGCAGACAAAGAGAGGAGGGGACCCUUCAGUUUUGAGGAGAUGCAAGAGUUCUGGAAUACGGGUGUCCUGACAGCAAAGACGCGGUGCUGGGCUCAGGGCAUGGAUGGCUGGCGUCCCCUUCAGGCCAUACCCCAGCUCAAAUGGUGCCUCUUAGCCACAGGACAGGCAGUGAUGAAUGAGACUGACCUGGCCACACUCAUCCUCAACAUGCUCAUCACCAUGUGCUCCUACUACCCCAGCAGGGACCAGGAUAAUGCUAUUAUCCGUCCCUUGCCUAAGAUCAAGAGGCUAAUCAGUGACAACACCUGCCUCCCUCACAUCGUCCAGCUGCUGCUGACCUUUGACCCCAUCCUGGUGGAAAAGGUGGCCAACCUCAUGUACCUGGUGAUGCAGGACAACCCCAAUCUGCAACGCCUCUACCUCACUGGGGUCUUCUUCUUCAUCAUGAUGUACACUGGCUCUAACGUGCUACCUGUUGCCAGGUUCCUGAAGUACACUCACCUAAAGCAAGCCUUCAAAUCAGAGGAGGCCAAAGGUCAGGAUAUAGUGCAGCGUAGCAUUCUGGGCCCAGUGCUGCCUGAGGCCAUGGUGUGUUACCUGGAGAACUAUGAGGCUGAGCGCUUCUCUGAAAUCUUCCUGGGAGAGUUUGACACCCCUGAGGCCAUUUGGAGUAGUGAGAUGAGACGUAUGAUGAUUGAGAAGAUAGCUGCCCACCUGGCUGACUUCAGCCCCAGACUGCAGAGCAACACACGGGCCCUCUACCAGUACUGUCCCAUUCCCGUGGUCAGCUUCCCUCAGCUCGACAAUGAGCUCUUCUGCAACAUCUACUACCUCAGACACCUGUGUGACACCAACCGCUUCCCCAACUGGCCCAUCAGAGACCCUGUUAAGCUGCUCAAAGACACUCUGGAUGCCUGGAAAAGGGAGGUGGAGAAGAAGCCUCCCUCCAUGUCUGUUGAUGAUGCCUAUGAAGUUCUCUGCCUGCCCAAAGGACAGGGACAGCAUGAGGAGAGCAAGAUCAGGAAAGCUUAUUUCAGACUGGCUCAGAAGUACCAUCCUGACAAGAAUCCAGAGGGCAGGGAUAUGUUUGAGAAAGUCAACAAAGCCUACGAGUUCCUCUGCACCAGGUCGGCUCGAAUUCUGGACGGCCCAGACCCAGAAAACAUCAUCCUCAUCCUCAAAACCCAGAGCAUUCUCUUCAACCGACAUAAACAAGAACUGGAGCCCUACAAAUAUUCUGGUUACCCGAUGCUCAUCAAGACCAUCACCAUGGAAACAGGGGAUGGGCAGCUCUUCUCCAAGACCUCGCCGCUCCUGCCGUCUGCCGCCGAGCUGGCCUUUCACACAGUCAACUGCUCCGCUCUCAAUGCGGAGGAGCUGCGCCGCGAGAACGGCAUCGAGGUGUUGUUGGAGGCCCUUUCUCGGUGCGUUGCUGUGUUAACUGCAUCAAGCAAGGCUGAUGAUAUGGCUGUGCAGGUGUGCGGGCACAUCUGUAAAUGCUAUAGUGUUGCAGCUCAGUUCGAGGAGUGCAGGGAAAAGAUCAUCGAGAUGCCCAAUAUCAUCAGAGACCUCUGUCACAUUCUCUACUAUGGAAAGGGCCUCCCAAGGACAGCAGCCCUGGCAGUGCAGUGCGUCAGCUCCUUUGCAGUGGACUUCUUCCUCCAGACCCACCUGUACCACGCUGGUGUGCUUUGGCACCUGCUGGUCCACCUCUUCAACUACGACUACACCUUGGAGGAGAGUGGGGUGCAGGCUAGCCAGGACACAAACCAGCAAGAGGUGGCCAACAGUCUGGCCAAGCUCAGCCUGGUAGCCCUCAGUCGCCUGGGGGGCUACUCCCAGACACCUCAUGCACAGGAGGCGGGCAACCCUGGGGCAGAGACUAAUGGUGUGGAUGGCGUUCCUCCAGAAAACCCCACCAUCUGUAAGAGCCUGGCAGCUAUGCUCACACCAUACAUCGCCAAGAAGCUGGGAUCAGGAACACCCGCUGAGGUGUUGAAGCUGCUUAAUAGUAAUUCGGAGAACCCGUACCUAAUCUGGAACAACAGAACACGGGCUGAGCUGCUAGAGUUCCUGGAGGAUCAGCAGGAAGGGAACAUCAAGAGAGGGGAGAAUGACCAAAGCUUUGGUGCAGAAUUUCUAUUCAGUGACCACAGCAAAGAGCUGAUUGUGGGAGAGAUUUUUGUCCGAGUUUACAAUGAGCAGCCCUCCUUCCCCCUGGAGUUUCCCAAGGCAUUUGCUGCAAGUCUGCUGGACUAUGUGGGCUCCCAGGCCCAGUACCUCUACACACUGUUGGCCAUGAGCCAGAGUAACAAGGUGGAGUCCCAGCAGCAUGCUGAGAGGCUCCACUUUGCUGAGAUGGCCCUGGAGGCCCUCCGUAACGUCAUCAAAAACAAUCCUGGUUCUGAGUCAGAGUGCAUUGGCCAUUUCAAGCUGCUCUUCUCCUUGUUGCGGGUUCAUGGAGCUGGCAGAGUGCAACAGCUCGCUUUGGAGGUUGUAAACACAGUGACGUCUAACCAAGAGUGUGUGAGCAACAUCGCAGAGUCUCUGGUGCUGUCCAACCUUCUGGUGCUGCUGCACUGUCUUCCUUCCAGCCGCCAGCUUGUGCUGGAAACCCUGUAUGCCUUGACUUCUAACACAAAGAUAGUCAAAGAGGCUAUGGCCAAAGGUGCUCUGAUUUACCUGCUGGACCUCUUCUGUAACUCCACACACCCGCAGGUGCGCUCACAGACAGCAGAACUCUUCUCCAAAAUGACCUCCGACAAGCUGAUUGGGCCAAAGGUGCGGCUGACGCUAAUACGUUUCCUACCAGGCGUUUUUAUGGAUGCCAUGCGAGACAAUGCAGAGGCAGCGGUGCACAUAUUUGAGGGAACGCACGAGAAUCCCGAGCUCAUCUGGAACGACGGCUCCAGGGAGACUGUCUCCACCACUGUCCGGGAGAUGAUGCUCGAGCACUUUAAACAGCAGAAGGAUAAUCCUGAUGUGAACUGGAGACUGCCAGAGGACUUCACAGUGGCUUACGGAGCAGGACAGGGUGAGCUAGAAGUGGGCGGAGUGUUCCUGCGUAUCUUCAUCGCUCAGCCAGGCUGGGUGCUACGCAAGCCUCGGGAGUUCCUAGUGUCCCUUUUGGAGACCCUUACUGAGCUGCUGGAGAAAAACAACCCCAAUGGUGAAGCCCUGGAGACGAUCACCACGGCAACAGUGUGCCUGUUCAGCACACAGAGCCAGCUGGCUGAUCAGGUUCCUCCUUUGGGCCACCUGCCCCGGAUCGUGGCAGCACUUAACCACAAGAACAACGCCAUUCCCAAGAGCUCCAUUCGUGUCAUCCAUGUUCUCUCUGACAAUGAGCUGUGUGUGCGCUCUAUGGCCUCUCUAGAGACCAUUGGUCCUCUGAUGAAUGGGAUGAAAAUCAGAGCAGACAUGGCAGGACUGGCCUGUGAAGCCCUCAACCGCAUGUUCCAGAAGGAGCAGACGGACCUAGUGGCUCAGGCUCUAAGAGUGGAGCUGGUGCCAUACCUUCUGAAGCUCCUGGAAGGAAUAGGCCUGGAGACAUUAGACAACCCUUCAGCCACCAAAGCUCAGAUAGUAAAGGCUCUCAAGUCCAUGACACGCAGUCUACAGUAUGGAGAACAGGUGAAUGAGAUUCUAGCCAGGUCCACUGUGUGGAGUGCCUUCAAAGACCAGAAACAUGACCUCUUCAUCUCAGAUUCUCAGACUGCAGGCUACCUGACAGGUCCAGGAGUAGCAGGCUACCUUACAGCAGGAACUGGCACCACCGUGAUGCCCAGCGUCCCACCCCCUGUGGACAAUGAUAUCGGAGACCUGGGCUGAUGGACACACAAGACAGUCACGCUCGGAUGCCCAGAUUUCCCUGCAGCUUCACGGCUGUAGCUCGGAGGGACGUUUUGCCUCCCUAGUUGAGGGGACAGAGAGAGAGAGAGAGAGAGAGAGAGAGAGGG